AGAAAGCCUCUAUUUCAUUGGAUUAUUGUUUUGCAGAUUGAAUCAUGGGUAUGUUGACCCAACUUAUUCUGACUGACACACUGGCGGGUCGGGUCGUAAUGUGAUAAUUGGGGUUGACCCGUUAAACUUUAACCACCUCAUGUAGCCGUCAUCCUCUUGUUCCUAUAGUCUCUGUAUUUCUUCCUCGAAUUAGGAAUUUGACCGAUUGAAAUCUUCUGUCAACUGGUCGCUGCUUCAAUUGUCAACAUAUAGUUGAAAACCAUGGGAAAACAUUAGUAUAAACGGCCAACAACAUGAACAUGAUGAACGGGGUGCUUAGAAGGAUUUGUAGGCGCAACUUCUGCACCUGUUCUCCUCGGCCGUGGCUCUUUGUUGGGUUGGGCAAUCCUGGGGAUAAAUACUGCGGAACGAGACACAAUGUUGGCUUUGAAAUGCUUGAUGCAUUCGCAGAGUCGCAAGGAAUUCAUAUGGAGACAGUACAUUGUAAAGCUAUGUUUGGGAAAGGUUUUGUCAAUGGCAUUCCAGUUCUUCUUGCAAAGCCACUAACUUACAUGAAUUUGAGUGGUGAAUCUACUGGCCCACUUGCAGCAUAUUACAAGCUCCCUCUCAAUCGCGUGGUUGCGUUUCAUGAUGACAUGGAUUUACCAUGUGGAAUUCUUCGUCUUCACCCCAAGGGAGGUCAUCACAGACAUAACGGGUUGAAGAGUAUGAUUUGUCAUUUUCGUGGAAAUCGAGAGUUUCCUCGGUUAAGGAUAGGUAUUGGAAGACCUCCUGGUCAGAUGGAUCCCAAAGCAUUCAAGCUUCAAAAGUUUAAUUCAACUGCAAGAGAACGAAUUGAUGCUGCAUUACGGGAAGGAGCACAUGCAUUGGAGCAAGUCUUAUCCAAAGGCUUCUCCGAAAGUUCUAAAUGCUUCAAUACAACGCAGAAGUACAAGCACAUAAGAUUGCAGACAUUGCCAACAUGACGUUAUGCUUCAAGCUGGGCGUUCCAUAGCCAUCGAUGCAUCCCUUUACUCAAAAUAACUAGCCUUUCCUCUUUAACGCUUCAAAGAAGUCAGGUGUAAUCACAUACCAAAAUCCAUGGCAGAUCAUUUUGCCUAAGCAACCGCCGCCGGAGAUUCUAUUGUAAAUAUACUGUUUAGGUGACUGUACUGGGCUUGCAACAGAUAGAAGAUGAUUCUGCUCAAGUGGAAGGUCAAAGUUGACCUGGCCCAUAGUGAUUGCUGGGAUGCAGGAAUCUCAACUGUUCCCAUCUCUCCUGAUUCUCUAAUAUGGUCUUGAUGUUUUCCUUUAUAGAUUAAACUUGCAUACUGCAAGCGUAAUCUCCUGUACCAACUAUAACCCUCCUGCAUCCCCUGCCGCUCCUAGAAGAAAUUUUAGUGGCUGUUUAUUAGAAAGGAUGUCUGUAUCUAUAUACCUGUUUUACUGAUGUCUCCCUUGCUAAUGCUCAUUCUUGGUUUGAGGAGGUCAGCCAGGAUGAUAUAUUAUUGACUACAGAGAUUUCUCACCAGUCGCACAUUUUAUUACUUAUCAUGUACAAUAUCCAGGAUAUGAAAAUUUCAAGAAUCUUGGAUGAAAAUUUGGGGAAGACUAUUUUUUACUUGAUCAAAGAUUAUGGAGAGGCUGCUGCAUUAUUAGUGCUUACACUUGAUUGCUUCUUGUAUGAGAUGCUUAUGUGUCUGCAGCAUUGUACUGUUUCCAGCAAUCCUUUCUGGAAAGAUUACAAA